GCUGUAAGAUGCUUGACAGGUUCAGACCAUCUACACAUCGCAUUUUCACCCUCAGCAACAUUGCUAAAGUGCUGGAGUUCCUUGAGGACAGAAAUGUGAGAGUUGUAAAUAUAGACGCCGCAGACAUCGCUGACGGACGGCCUUCGGUCAUUCUCGCGCUGAUCUGGAAUAUCAUAGUUUACUUUCAGUUAAAGGAAGUCACAGGAAAUCUAGAGAGACGCUUUUCCUCCAGUGUGUCCAGUCUGGUGUCUCUGACUGACAGCAGUGACUCAGCCCGCAGCUCUCCAGCGCCCCCCAGUGAAGACCCCUGCAGCACUCUCCCAUCAAAGAGGAAAAGAACAUUCGGUCGGCCCAAAUACUACCGCAGCAGGUCCAUCAGCACACUGCUGAGCUGGACCCAGACAUGCACUGCACAGUAUGGUGUGGAGGUCCAUGACUUUGGGAAAAGCUGGAGGAGUGGGUUAGCGCUUCUGGCGCUGGUGAAGUGUGCCAGGCCUGAGCUGGUGGACAUGAAAGAAGCUCUGACCUCCAGCCCCAGAGAGAACAUCAUUCAGGCCUUCAGAGAAGCACAGCACCAUCUGGGAGUCCCACCACUGCUGGAACCUGAGGAUGUGAUGAUGCGUUCUCCAGAUGAGCAGUCCAUCAUCACCUAUGUGGCUCAGUUCCUCCAGCAUUUCCCAGAGAACAGAGAUGUUCAUGUAUCAACACUGAGUCUGGAGGAAUAUAACCCCAGUGGAGUUUAUGGACGUUCUUCACUGUCCUACUCUUCACUGGUAGAACGUGAUUUCUCUUCACAGCAGUUUGAUAUCUCCUCCUCUUACAGAGGCCCAAAGUCAGCUGGUUUAUUGAAUGGUGGUUCGGGAGUGGCAGAGAAAUCCAGCUUCUCAAAUGGACAGUACCUCCACAGUUCCAUCGAGGGGCACUGUUGGAACUCCACAGCCCAGAAGAAGAGCCUUUCAGCGAGUAUGGAGGAUGAUGAUGGAGGCCUAUCAGAUGGUUCAGAGGAAGGCAUACACAUUCUGCCUGAGCUGGACUCAGAUGAGGAGGUUGCAUACAAGUACAUUUUAGAACUGGAUCAUGAAGAAUUGAAGCUUCAUAAUGAGCUCAACUCUAGUCCAACCAUCAAUGCUCAAAAAGCCCAUCACAUAUCAAAUGAUUUUCAUCAAGCAGAUGGGAAAAGCCACCAUUUAGGUCCAUUUUUGGAGAUACAGAAGCAAAGUCGCCAACCCUGGUCAGAAGGCCGCAGAGAAACACUUGAGGAACAUCCAACACUUGCACCCUGA